GAUAGAUAAACAAUUCGCUGUCUUUGCACAUGGAAUAUGUCUAUUUUUUCACUUUCGCGCCGUUUGCUUAUCUCCGAAUUGCUGACUAAAAACCGUAUAAACUACUGUCAAAUUGCCACUGCACUGCGUCCCAAGAAGGCAAAGUCAACACGUAAGGAGGCACAAUAUUUUUCCGAUGCGAAAAAGGUGAGAACUGUGGGCGGCAAGGGAGGCGAUGGCUGCGUCUCGUUUCUUCAGCUGUGGUGCAAUGAGCGCGCCGGACCCGAUGGUGGAGACGGUGGCAAUGGCGGGCACAUCAUCUUCCAGGCGUCGAACGAUGUGCGUAACUUUAACCAUGUUGACAGCGUGGUGCGUGCUCCAGAAGGUGGCAUUGGCACCGCCAAGGAGUGCCAUGGCAAGAAUGCCAAGCAUACGGUGGUCAAGGUGCCCAUUGGCACAGUGGUACGCAAUUCCAAAGGUGUAAUUGUCGCCGAUCUGGGCAGCGCCAAUUUAAUGUUUGUGGCAGCACGUGGUGGAGCAGGUGGCAAGGGGAAUCGCUUCUUCACUACGGACAGGGAGACGAGUCCAAGAGUCUGCGAGUACGGGCCACCAGGCGAGGACUUUAGCUACACAUUGGAGUUACGCAGCAUGGCCGAGGUGGGAUUAAUUGGUUUCCCCAAUGCCGGCAAGAGCACCUUGUUGAAUGCCUUGACGCGAGCCAAGCCAAAGGUGGCUCCAUAUGCAUUCACCACGUUGCGACCACAUCUGGGCACAGUUCAGUACGAUGAUCAUGUGCAGCUCACCAUUGCAGAUUUACCUGGUCUAGUGCCGGAUGCACAUCGCAAUAAAGGAUUAGGUAUACAGUUUCUCAAGCACGCGGAGCGUUGCACGUUGUUGUUGUUUGUGCUGGAUGCCAGUGCGCCGGAACCUUGGAAUCAGUAUCAGCAGCUGAUGUACGAACUGGAACAGUUUGGUGGCAGCCUGGCGAGUCGUCCACAGCUAGUGGUGGCCAAUAAAAUGGAUAUGCCUGCCAGUGCCGCGAACUACGAGCAACUGCAGCUGCUGUUAGAACAACCAAAUAUAUUGGGAAUCAGUGCAAAGAUGGGACACAACUUGGCGCAACUAUUGAGCACCAUACGCGAAGUCUAUGAACGCCACAAGGCAAAGGAACACACAGAUUUGUAGUUGAUUGUUAGUUUUAAUUACAUAUUAACUUAAAUAUACAAAAUAAGCUUAA